CUGUGAGAUAAAUUUAGAGGGCAUUUCGUGUUCGAAUCUAGUGGUUUUACCUGCGCGUUCGUAAGAGUUUAAGUGUAAAUUGUUUAAAAUGAAGUAUUUCGUACUCUUCCUGGCUAUCUGCAGCUUAGCUAUCUCCUUUAGUGAGGCAGAUGAGUUUGGGGAGAAAGUUAAGAAAAUGGCUGGAGAAUGUAAAGAGCAAGUUGGUGCAAGUGAUGACGAUGUAGCACGAUUGUUCAAAUAUGAGCCCGCCGCUAAUGACAAAGCAAAGUGUCUAAAUGCUUGCCUUAUGAAAAAAAUCGGCAUCUUGGAUGAAAAUAACAAAGUGAUCGAAGCUGCGGCUAUAGCUUAUGUAAAGCAGGUAUCCGGUGGCGAUGCAGAGUUUGAGAAGCUGAGCAUGGAGACUUAUAACGAAUGCAAGAGCACUCCGGAAAGUAGCGAUGAAUGUGAGUACGCUGAAGCUUUUCGUCAAUGCGUUAUCGAGAGUGCGAAGUCCAAAGACAUUAAGAUUUUACCUCGAACGGUCGAAGUUUCUUAUUUUAAAAAUAACGUGUUGGUAAUUGAAAAAAUGAAGAUCCUCAAUAUUUGCUUGAUAGUUGGUGUAGCGCUUAUAUCAAAGGCUAAGUGCAAUUUUGAAGAGGCGAAAGCAGUUGCAAAUGAGUGUAAGGAUGAAGUUGGUGCAACAGAUGAUGAGGUUGAGUCGGUUUUGAAGUUGGAAGCAGCUGAGACUAUGACGGAAAAAUGUCUGGGUGCAUGCGUCAUGAAAAGAUUCGGUGCGAUGAAUGGCGAUGGUAAGUUUGAUAGAGAAAAAGCUAUGGAGAUUUUGGCAAUUAUCGCCAACGGCGAUGACGAGCAACAUGCCUUGGGCGUGGAAGUUCUAGAGGCAUGUGCUGACAUUGACGUAAACGAGGAUCACUGUGAAGCAGCUGAGGAAUAUCGCUCCUGCAUGCAUGCCAAAGCAAAGGAAAUUGGCUUUGUAGUGGGGCGUGUUUAAAUUUGCUUCAAUU